CGGAGAGUGAGGCGAAUGGUAUAUGAGUGUGCGGGUAGCCCACCCUGAAGCCCGAGCUUCUCACUUGAGCCAUCCCCGCCUAGCCCCACUCGGGCCAGCGUCUGGCGAGCGAGCCCAUCUGUGGCUUCCGCGUCCGCCUCCUCCUUGCAUCCUUGUACCUCCUCGUCGACCCCUCCCUCCCGGGACCUGCAUCCUGCUCCACCAAUCAGAGCCCUACUGCCUCUUCCCACGUGACCCCGGGCGGGCUGAGGACCUGCUGCUUCCCAAACGCCAGAGGGAUGCGGGCGGCAGAGCUCGAGAGGCGGCUGCCGGGCUGCGGGGCGCCUUGACUCUCCCUCCACCCUGCCUCCUCGGGCUCCACUCGUCUGCCCCUGGACUCCCGUCUCCUCCUGUCCUCCGGCUUCCCAGAGCUCCCUCCUUAUGGCAGCAGCUUCCCGCGUCUCCGGCGCAGCUUCUCAGCGGACGACCCUCCCGCUCCGGGGCUGAGCCCAGUCCGUGGAUGUUGCUGAAACUCUCGAGAUCAUGCGCGGGUUUGGCUGCUGCUUCCCCGCCGGGUGCCACUGCCACCGCCGCCGCCUCUGCUGCCGCCGUCCGCGGGAUGCUCAGUAGCCCGCUGCCCGGCCCCCGCGAUCCUGUGUUCCUCGGAAGCCGUUUGCUGCUGCAGAGUUGCACGAACUAGUCAUGGUGCUGUGGGAGUCCCCGCGGCAGUGCAGCAGCUGGACACUUUGCGAGGGCUUUUGCUGGCUGCUGCUGCUGCCCGUCAUGCUACUCAUCGUAGCCCGCCCGGUGAAGCUCGCUGCUUUCCCUACCUCCUUAAGUGACUGCCAAACGCCCACCGGCUGGAAUUGCUCUGGUUAUGAUGACAGAGAAAAUGAUCUCUUCCUCUGUGACACCAACACCUGUAAAUUUGAUGGGGAAUGUUUAAGAAUUGGAGACACUGUGACUUGCGUCUGUCAGUUCAAGUGCAACAAUGACUAUGUGCCUGUGUGUGGCUCCAAUGGGGAGAGCUACCAGAAUGAGUGUUACCUGCGACAGGCUGCAUGCAAACAGCAGAGUGAGAUACUUGUGGUGUCAGAAGGAUCAUGUGCCACAGAUGCAGGAUCAGGAUCUGGAGAUGGAGUCCAUGAAGGCUCUGGAGAAACUAGUCAAAAGGAGACAUCCACCUGUGAUAUUUGCCAGUUUGGUGCAGAAUGUGACGAAGAUGCCGAGGAUGUCUGGUGUGUGUGUAAUAUUGACUGUUCUCAAACCAACUUCAAUCCCCUCUGCGCUUCUGAUGGGAAAUCUUAUGAUAAUGCAUGCCAAAUCAAAGAAGCAUCGUGUCAGAAACAGGAGAAAAUUGAAGUCAUGUCUUUGGGUCGAUGUCAAGAUAACACAACUACAACUACUAAGUCUGAAGAUGGGCAUUAUGCAAGAACAGAUUAUGCAGAGAAUGCUAACAAAUUAGAAGAAAGUGCCAGAGAACACCACAUACCUUGUCCGGAACAUUACAAUGGAUUCUGCAUGCAUGGGAAGUGUGAGCAUUCUAUCAAUAUGCAGGAGCCAUCUUGCAGGUGUGAUGCUGGUUAUACUGGACAACACUGUGAAAAAAAGGACUACAGUGUUCUAUACGUUGUUCCCGGUCCUGUACGAUUUCAGUAUGUCUUAAUCGCAGCUGUGAUUGGAACAAUUCAGAUUGCUGUCAUCUGUGUGGUGGUCCUCUGCAUCACAAGGAAAUGCCCCAGAAGCAACAGAAUUCACAGACAGAAGCAAAAUACAGGGCACUACAGUUCAGACAAUACAACAAGAGCGUCCACGAGGUUAAUCUAAAGGGAGCAUGUUUCACAGUGGCUGGACUACCGAGAGCUUGGACUACACAAUACAGUAUUAUAGACAAAAGAAUAAGACAAGAGAUCUACACAUGUUGCCUUGCAUUUGUGGUAAUCUACACCAAUGAAAACAUGUACUACAGCUAUAUUUGAUUAUGUAUGGAUAUAUUUGAAAUAGUAUACAUUGUCUUGAUGUUUUUUCUGUAAUGUAAAUAAACUAUUUAUAUCACACAA